CAACGACGACGACGAAGACGAAGCUCGAAUCACUAUUCACUAUAAAGAAAUAAGCAACCAGAAUCACAAUCACAAACCACAAAACCAAAAAGAAAAAUAACAAAAACAAAAACUCCCCCAGCGAGAAACAGCGACGAACCAAAAAUGAAAUUCGUGAUUUUGCUAUGCGUGCUGAGUGCGCUGCUGCUGCAGAUUGAGGCCUCGCCCCUGCAGCUGCUCUCGAGGAGCGAACGUGCCGUGGCCCGUCAGCAGGCGGUCAGCAAUGAUGUGGCUCCAGCCCCAGCGGCAGCUGCCUCCAGCGAUGACGAUGAUGACGAUGACGACGAGGAUGAUGACGAUGAUGAGCCGGAUCUAGGCGAUUUGGUCGAUGACGAUGAUGUUAUUUUGCUUUCGGGGUUUACAGAUGAUGACGAUGACGAUGAGGACGACGAUGAUGAGGAGGAGGACGAUACGCCACAGGGUCAAGCGGCUCCAGCGGCUGCUGCCAGCGAUGAUGACGAUGAGGAGGAGGAUGAUGACGAUGAUGAUUACCUGGACAGACUCUUCGAUGAUAUUCUGGGCGAUGACGAUGAUGAGGAUGAUGAUGAUGAGGACACGCCCGCAGCCAGCCCAGCACAGAGCCCAGUGGCAGCUGCGCCCGCUCAGGCGCUGGAUGAAGUUGCUCCCGCUGCGGCCAGCAGCUCGUUGAGUUCCGGCAUCUCGGAUGGCGUCGAUCUGCCCGCGGAGAGCGGCAACGCUGUUGAGCCCAUUGCCUCGGGCAAUGCUGUCGAGGAUGUGGCAGCUGGUGUGGCACCUGCCGCAGCCAGCGCUGGCAACAACAACGAAGGUGCGCUGACAGGUGACGACGAGGAAGCCGAUGACGACGAUGAUGACGACGAUGACGAUGAAUUCAUUGGCGAUGGCGUCAUCGAGGCCAGACGCGAAGCACGUGAUCUGAAAAACAACGUCAUCGACAUGUCAACGGACGCAUUCCAGGCGCGUCACAAUCAUUUCAUUGACGCCAUCUUUUCUCGCAUAAAUCGCAUCGUUGCGGACAAUUAUGAUCCGUUUGUGGUCCGCCUCGCUGGCCGCUCGGCAGCUGCUCCAGCCACGCCCACACGCAGUGGCGCCAACGUGAAGACCACAACAAAGACCAAGGGCGGAAAUGGCAGCCACAAGACGACAACCCACAAGAAGCUCAAGAACACUCGCUCGGAGCCAAGAGCAGCCAGCGACAGCAGCAGCAGCAGCAGCAGCAAUGGAGGCACCAUGGAAUCAGUUAAAUUGCAGGAGCAAUUGACGCAAUUACAGACUGAGCUUGGCCUCAAAGCCAUCGAACAGCGGAAGGUGGAGCACUCGGCAUCGGAAUCGGAGCAGGGGCAACAGGCCGUAGCAUCCGGUUCUGGGAAAGCGGAAACUCGCACCGUGUUCAAUGGCGAGCAGCUGCCGGCUGCCGGCAAAGUCAGCCAAAAGAAAUCAGGACAGACAACAGGACAGCGUCAGACGCAGAAACAGAACACAAAAAAGGCAGCGUCUGCGGCAGCGUUAAAGGCGGGAAGCAGCGGCAGCUACAAUCAGCCAGCGGCUGCGGCUGGGGCAAGCAAGGCGGGCGCGGGUGCGGAAGUGGAGAAGCUACAAAAAGCCGAGGGCAGUCUGUCCGGCCUGGCGUCGCUGAAGCGCGUGGGCAAUGUGAAGGUGAUCAGCGAUGCGGAAGGUCGCAAUUCGACCAUUAAGGCUAAAUUCACGCUGGGUCCGUUGACACUGCGCGUCGAGAAGUCCUUCAAGCGGGGCAGCGUGCGCAGCGUGAAAAGUGCCACGGCCAGGACCAACGAGAUGAUCGGCCGCAUCAAGUUUAGUGUGCUGGAUGAUCGGGCCACCUUGAUGUCCAUCAAAGUGCAGCAGCCCAAACAGGUGGAGGUGGAGAGCAAGGACAAUCAUGACCGCACACGCGAAUUUGUCUGGCGUCGCACACCCAAAAUUGCCAAAUUGGUCAAUGAGAAGCUGAAACUGGCAGCCGAGUCGCUCUUUGCGCCUCAGGGCGUCGAAGUUGUCCGACUUUAAAGGACACUCCGCUUUGGCCCUUUUCUUCAACACAGCCAGCUAAAUGUAGUCUACUCUUAAUUAUAAUAUCUAAUUUAUUUAUUUAACUUAUUAUCUAUCUCUAUCCAAAAUAAAUGUAUCACUGUCUCAAA